AUGUCUGAAUCGAAAUCAACUGAAAUCGAAGUCGAGCUAUUGGAUGAAGAGAAAUGGAAAAGGCUACACGAGACAGAUAAUGAGAUAUUGGUUGGAGUUGUUGGAAGAUCGUUGAUCCCAGGUCUUCACUACAAAAUAAAAAAUCUCACUCCUUCCAAAAAGUAUACUGUAGGACUGAAAAUGAGACUAUGCAACUUGAAACCAUAUCGAUAUCAUGUGAGCACGGGAUGGAAAGAAGACUAUAGAGCUGAAAAUGUGACAGAAAUAGAAUCAGAGGAGAUAUUCCUGGAGACCAGUACUUCUGGAAGAGCAUGGUCUGGAGAGGAGCUGAUGAAGAGAGGAAUCGAUUUUCAAGGGGCAAAAGUUUUCAAUAAGCUGGCAAGAAGUGAUAAGGAACAGACGGCACCAGAGAAAGAGCAAAUGGCGAUGAAAGUCUUCCCCAACUGCAAGUAUAUUCCAAUCCUCACAAUUUAUGAAUCAACACCUUGGGGAGAUUUCUUCAUAAGCACUUUUCAGUUUGAGGAGACAAAGUUUAUUGCUGUUACGGAGUACAAGAAUUCGAAUAUUGCCACCGUGAAGUCGAUUUCCAAUCAAUUCGUUCGAGGCAAUGUUCAAAAAGAAGCGAGUGCAGAGGUUAUGGACCAUCUGGAGGUGGAGGAACCAAAAGAUGACUCUUGUCAAGGACCCAGCAUUGUGUCUCUAGCCAAACCACCAACUUCUGAUGCUUUCCUGGAGCCGCAACCUGAAAUGCAACCAGAUAUCGAAGUUGAGCUGUUGGACAGAGAUACCUGGAAACGACUAGAUGCACUUCAAGGAGGUAACGAGAUGGCGAUUCGAGUUUGUGGAAGAUCGCUGUUCCCACGUCUUCAAUUCAAAAUCAAAAAUCUCGAACCUCUCAAAAAGUAUACUGUAGGUCUGAAAAUGAGACUUUGCGACUUGAAGCCAUAUCGAUACCAUGUGAACUGGGGAUGGAAAAAAGACUAUAGUGUUGAAGAUGUGACAGAAAUGGAAUCAAAUGAGAUCUUCCUGAAGCCAAGAGAUCCGAAAAACGACUGGUCUGGAGGGGAUUUGAUGAAGUAUGGAAUUGAUUUUGGAUUGGCGAAAAUUUAUAACAAAGCCACUAAAAGUGGCAAAGAGAAAACGACACCGGAAAAGGUGGACAAGAAACUGGCGAUGAGAGUCCUCACCAACAACAAGUAUAUUCCGAUCCUCACAAUUUAUGAAUCAACAUCUUGGGGAGAUUUCUUCAUACGCGCUUUUCAGUUCGACGAGACUAAAUUCAUUACUGUUACGGAGUACAAGGAAGCGAGAUAUAUCAGCUCAAAAUCUGGACGGAUCAGUGGCGGCCUGUUGGCGACUCUACCUACCGAUGAAUAUUGCAACAAUUUUAAGAGAACCGUAGUUUUGAGCUCAUAUAUCUUGCUUCCUGUCAAAGAUAUCAAAAAUCUGUCAACUGGAAGCGAGAUAUACGGGCUCAAAGUUGGCGGUUUGGAGAAUCCGGAUAUCUCCACCGUCAAGACGAUUUCCAAUAAAUUCGUUCGAUACAGUGUUAAAAAAGAGGCGAUCGAUGCGUUGAAGAAGUUUGGAAUGUUGAAGAAUAAUGCUGAGCAAACAUCGGAUGACUCUUAUCAUGAAUCCAGUAAAAGAGCAAGAGUUUCCCCGUUGGAAGAAGCCACCUCAUCAUUUUCAUCUGAAUCAUUUGAAUCCACGUCUUCUGGGGUCUCUCAUAAUCAUCAAAACGGUUACAACAACUAUGUGAUGUCUCCGUAUGCAUUCUCACCAGUUGGAUUUUCGAACUUCUGGAAUUGCCCGAAUUUCGAGAAUCCUAAUUUUUCUUAUCAAUAA